GAUAGAUUUAAUGGAAGAAAGACAAACUCGACAAAAUGUCAUCAGAUUCGGAGUGUACAUUGUUUCAAUGUCCUAUAUGUCUAGAAGAGUUCAUAAAACCUAAAGCGUUGCCAUGUCUACAUACUUUCUGUAAAUCAUGCAUAAACGAAUAUAUUCUCAAGUCAACAACUUUAACAGAUUGCUUCGUAGUAUUUAAUUGUCCGGUCUGUAGAAAAGAGGUCAAACUUGAAUCCUGUCCGUCUGAUCCAGCGAAAUAUCUCCAGGAUAAUCAUAUAAUACAAAGUAUGAAGGAAACUAGUAUUUCCAAAGGGAAACUUUGUAGCAUUCAUUAUUCUAAGCAGGCUGAAUAUGUAUGCACAGAACAUAAUCAAAUUGUAUGUUAUAAAUGCAUCAUCGACAACCAUAGGCUAUGUACCGUUACAGAAAUACAUGAGGCCACUGAAAGCAAGAGAAACAGUAUUACUCAAGUCCACAAUCAACUCGUAGUAAGAAAAAAAAAUAUGGAGACUUCCAUUGAUUUCCAUACCGAAGAGAAAAAAAGAAUAUUGGAAAGUCAUAUACAAUGUAAAGACGGUGUUAGGUUAUAUGUGGAUGAGUUGAAAAAUCUCAUCACAAAAUUAGGGAGUCAAAUUUUGAACGACAUAGAGAAAAAUACACAGCAAAUGCUUCAGAGAAUUGAUAAGAAUCUUGCAGAAACCAAUAAGGAGAUGACAUAUCUUAAAACGAUAUUAGAUGAAUUCGACAUAACCCACCUCGAUGGCAUUACAGAUUUCAAUAAAUUGACAUCAAUAGACCAAAAAUUAAAAACAGCACAUCAGCGAAAAAGCAAGACCUGUGACAAAUCGUCAUCUGAUAUAAAUUUGCUAAGAUUUCAGCCAAACAUGGACUUGUUUAAAGUUCUCAAGGAAAAUGAUGCGAUAGGAAAAAUAUACAAUACGAAAAUGAGAGUAACUGUUAAUGCAAAGACGUCUAGAACAAAAAAUGUACUAAAAGAUACAGAAACGGGGGCUAAAACGGCACCGGUCUUUAAACAGCCUUUGGCAACUGAACAUACUGGUUCUAGUGAGAUAGAGGCAACGCACACAAGACAUAUGAACAAGGUGUUUACAUUUAAAGACGGGAUCCAACAACUGAUGUCUUUAAAGACAGAUACGGACAGGGAAGAAUGCUUUAUUACUGGAAUUACUCUCUUGCUAGACAACAGCAUGAUUGUUGCUGACAACGGGAACAUGAAAAUUAAACAUUUUAGUGCUGGUUAUAAGUUUGUUAGUCAAAAAGCCUUCUCUUCUGAACCUUGGGAUGUAUGCAGAACAGAAAAAGACGACUUUAUUGUUAGUUUUCCAAGCGAUAAUUUGAUCCAGUAUUUUACCUUUAGAAAAGGCCAUAUCAUCCCGAAACAAGACAAGAUACUGACGGAUGGCAGAUGUUAUGGACUUUCCUAUCACUGUAACAAAAUAGCAACGUGUAAUAGACGAGCUUCGGGUGUUUUUAUAGUGUUAUAUUCGGGUCAAAAUGAAAUUAUUGCUGAGUUCUGUGUCUCUGCUUCAGUUAUUUCAGAGUGUUGGUACCUUUCGUUUUGUUCAGACGGACAACACUUAGUAUACACAGAUCAGAUUUCAAACGUCGUUUUUUGUGUUAACUUUAAAUUAGGUACAGAGAAAUGGAGAAAAGCUAUACAGUCUCCAAGAGGUAUUGCAAGAUGUCGGACGUUUCUGUAUGUGGUCAAUUGCAAAUCGGCAAAGGUGUUGUGUUUAUCAGAGGACACUGGCUUACAAAAAAGAGAGAUUGAUUGUAGCAGUUUAGGUGGUGGAGCAUUUAGUGGUGUUACUAUUAAUACCGAUCAGACAAAAAUAUUUGUAUUACCGAUGAAGGGAUCUGAUGCACUGGUGAUCGAAUAACUUUAAAGAUUAUGAACAUAAACUUUGAUAUUUUAAAUUCCAUAACUAGUGUUUUAAGAAUUGAGAUGUUUACUCAUGUUUUUUCUUAAGAGAGGAAAGUCUUGAAGGAUAGGGUGUUAAGUGGGUUGUAUUCAGUGUUGCAUGUUUUUCUGAAUGUUUAUUAUCAACUUAUGCUAUAGAAAAUUAUCAUUCUGUACUAACAUUUGAAUAUACGUGAUAGAUUGUAAUUGUUGAUUGCAACAAUCCUCUAUUUUGAAUUUAUCAUAAUAAUCUCUCUAAACACGAUAAUGAUAUAUAGCUGUAGUCAUCCACUCUGUUUGAUCAGUACUUCUUAAUGUUUUUGUCUUUUUAGAGCAUGUUUAUCUAAAGCUGAUACCGAAGAUUAAUCUACUGACUGAAAACCAAGUCUUAGGUUAUCUUGAUUUAGUCAAAAUUCUUAAAUGAAAUAUA